AGCACACCGCCCUAAUCCACCAUUCACAACGGUGACAUUCAAACACACUUCUGUCUCUCUUUCUUCUUGAUUCGUCCUCUCCAUUUUCUCAAUUUCUUUAAUCUCUUUCUUUGUCCUUUCUUCUUCUUCAUCUAUGGACCCUUUACCUUCCCAACAAGAACAACAACACAAUCUUGACGAUACUAUCCAACAAACCCUAGCCCAAAAUCCUCAAUCCGAUUCCACCACCACCACCACCGACUCAGCCUCUCCUGCUCAACAACGCAAACGCAAAGGUGGUCCUGAGAACUCCAAGUUCCGUUACCGUGGCGUCCGACAAAGAAGCUGGGGAAAAUGGGUCGCCGAGAUCCGUGAGCCACGUAAACGCACUCGCAAGUGGCUUGGUACUUUCGCCACCGCCGAAGACGCCGCACGUGCCUACGACCGAGCCGCCGUUUUUCUUUACGGGUCACGUGCUCAGCUCAACUUAUCCCCUUCCUCUCCUUCGUCGGUCUCUUCUACUUCCUCAUCCGUAUCCGCCGCUUCCUCUUCUCCUUCAUCCUCUUCUUCCUCCACUCAAACCCUAAGACCUCUCCUCCCUCGUCCCUCCGCCGCGUCCCUAGCCUCAUCCUUCAUCCCGUGCGGUCUGCCUUUUACCAACAACAUAUUCCUUUCUGGUGGGACCUCUACGUUUUGCCCUAGUUAUGGUAUUUUCCCUCACCAACAAACUCAGAUGACGCAAGUGGGACAGUUUCAGCACCAACCGUAUCAGAAUCUUCACUCUUGUAAUAACAAUAACAAGAUCGGUGACGUGGAGCAGACAGAUGUUCCGUUAGUUAAUUCGGCGUCGUUUCAUCACGAGGUGGCUUUAGGGCAAGACGAAGGAGGAAGUGGUUGUAAUAAUAACAACAACUCAAUGGAUAAUUUGAAUUCUCUGGUUGGUUCGGUCGGUUCAACGGUUGUUGAUCCGGUUAGUUCAAUGGGUAUGGAUCCGGGUUACAAUAUCGUUCGGGAUGGAUCUUCACCGGUUUGGCCUUUUAGCGGAGAAGAUGAGUAUAGUCAUUGGGGGAGUAUUUGGGAUUUUAUUGAUCCCUUGCUUGACAUUUGAUGUACGAUCGAUGAGAGUAACUCCAAGGGUUUGUCAAGAGCAUUGAAGAUUCUGAAGAUUCACAAGGAGAUUUUACAUUCGAUGAGGAGUUUUUUGCAUGGACUAUUUUGGAGGAUUUUUUUGAUAAUUUGUUUUGAUCGAAACAUAUAGAGAUAAUUAAGAGGCUAUUUUUUUCUGUUUUGGAGAUCUUUUAUUUAUAUUUCAGGGAAUUCGUAAAGGAGAUUACGGUUCCAAUAAAGUAUAUACAUAUGUGGAAGAAGAAGAGAUGGUGGAAUGUUUUAUGAGAUUUAUUUCUUCAGCACUUCAUAGAGCAUCUAAUAGGAUGCACAUUAUAAAUUCGUUUUUGACU